UCUUCAUCUUUAUCUCCAUUUGCUCCCAAUUUCAUUUUUCUUUAAGAGAUGCCAUAUUGGCGUUUGAUAACCUUCAUGUCCUUCUUGGAAGCGCGGGUUGUUCACGAUUUGUUUGAUGAUUAUAUAUAAAUUUAAUUAAUUGGCGCUGAUAUUCAUUAAAUGUUUAACAUUUUUGCAAAAGCAAAAAAAGCACUGGCAUAUUGGAUGCAUAAGAGGAAGGUUAUUAUAUUGGCUAUAUAGGAAUUGCACAUUUGGAUUAAGUAUUCUAAUUCUGGAAGACGUCGUCAUAUUACGAUAAGUAUCUCGAAACAUGGCAGAACCAGGAAUCAUCAAAAAACUAGAUGAAGUUGUAGUGAAUCGCAUAGCUGCCGGUGAAAUUAUACAAAGGCCUGCAAAUGCUUUAAAGGAAUUGCUGGAAAACAGUUUGGAUGCCAAAUCAACUGUUAUACAAGUCACCGUAAAAUCUGGAGGACUAAAACUCUUACAAAUCCAAGACAAUGGUACGGGCAUAAGAAGAGAGGACAUGGCCAUAGUUUGCGAAAGAUUCACUACCUCAAAACUAACGAGCUUUGAGGAUCUUACUAACAUAGCCACAUUUGGUUUUCGUGGAGAGGCAUUAGCUAGCAUGAGUCAUGUGGCCCAUUUAACCAUACAGACCAAGACCGCCAAAGAAAAAUGUGCAUACAAGGCAUCUUAUGAAGAUGGUAAGCUAAAAGCUCCACCAAAACCUUGUGCUGGAAAUCAGGGUACCAUAAUAACCAUUGAAGACCUGUUUUACAACAUGCCACAAAGAAAGCAGGCCCUCAAGUCACCCAAUGAAGAGUUUCAAAGAAUAUCCAAUGUUAUGUCCAAGUAUGCCAUACAUAAUUCAAAGGUGGGCUUCACAUUGAAACGUUAUGGCGAACAGCCGUCGAUAAAAACACCACCAAACAGUAGCCAACAGACAAAUAUUGAGAUAUUAUAUGGAGCUUCCAUAGCCAAGGAGUUGUUGCCGGUUGAGUUGAAAGACGACGUACAUAAAUUCCAAAUGAAAGGAUACAUUACAAAAGUAAAUUACAGUUCAAAGAAGGCAAUUACGUUGUUCUUCAUUAAUCAUCGGCUUGUGGAAGUGUCAUCUUUGAAAACCGCCCUUGAUAAUGUAUACAGUACGUAUUUGCCCCGAGGAAUGCACCCGUUCGCCUACAUAAGCCUGGAAAUAAAUCCAUCCAAUAUUGAUGUCAAUGUCCAUCCCACAAAGCAUGAAGUUCAUUUUCUCUACGAAGAUGAAAUUGUAGAAAAAAUCAAACAAACUCUGGAAGCCCAACUGCUGGGCAGCAAUGAAACUCGAACAUUUUAUAAACAAUUAAAAAUGCCCGGGGCCUCUGAAUCCCCAGGUGACGGCAAAGAACAUGAUAGCACUUUGAAAAGUGUUAAUGGCGAAAGAAUAAAUCCCCAAAAUAUGAUCAGAACUGAUAGCAAAGAACAGAGUAUGUACAAAUUUUUACAUGUCGAAGGGGUUAAACUAAAUGAUUCUGGUUGUUCGAUGACUUUGAGUGGUGCCAGUUCAACAUCUACAGCGGCUGAGGAGAGUUUUCGCGAGGUUGCCAAGAGAAAAACCAAAGAAGUCAAACUUACAAGCAUCCUAAAUAUGCAAAAGAAAAUAGAAGACAGUUGUUCGGUUGAAAUGCGAAAAAUGAUCAAGGAGUUGGUUUUUGUGGGUGUUGUGGACAAGCAGUUUGCCCUGUUUCAACAUGAGACCAGGCUUUAUAUGGGAGAUACAAUUAAGCUAAGUGAAGAACUAUUUUAUCAACGUCUGCUGUACGAGUUUGAAAAUCACCAAAUUAUCAGUAUUAAGCCAGAACCGUUGCCAGUAAAAGAUUUGAUCAAAUUAGCUUUAGAUACACCAGAAAGUGGUUGGACCGAAGAAGAUGGUGACAAAGAAGAAUUAGCCCAAAGAGCCUCAGAAAUACUGAUCGAAAAGUCACCGAUAAUGCGUGAAUAUUUUUCAAUGAAUAUCAAUAGCAACGGCGAAUUAGAGACCAUACCUUGCUUGAUUACUCAGCAUAUGCCGAGUAAAGUAUUUUUACCUAUCUACCUGUUAAGAUUGGCCACGGAAGUUGAAUGGGAAGUGGAGGAGGAAUGUUUCGAAACAUUUUGUCGGGAAACGGCACGUUAUUAUGCAAAGGUCUCAGAGGUUGAACUUCAAGAAAUGCCAAAGCAACAUCAUUGGGUAACUGAGCACGUAAUUUAUUCGGCAUUUAAGAAAUAUUUGCUUCCGCCAAGUCGCCUGAGGAAACAUGUUUAUGAGCUGGCCAAUUUGCCGGCCCUCUAUCGCGUUUUUGAAAGGUGUUGAUAUGUAUAUUUUAAAAUUCGUUCGUCCUACAAUGCAUGUAAAUUCUACUUAAUGUAACUGUAAUUUUUUUAAUCUAUUUUUAUUUAUCAAAUAUUUUCAAAGGGAUUAAUAAAUACCUUUUGAUGUAAAUGAAAAUUUCAUCUGGAGACAGACUGACAUAA